AUGGCCCACAAAUAUUGUUUUGAAGCAUUGGAUAGAACUUUGAAAGACAUAAUGAAAUGUGAUUUAGUGUUUGGAGGCAAAGUAAUAGUAUUUGGAGGAGAUUUUAGACAAAUUCUUCUCGUUGUUCCACAAGGUAGCAUAUCAGAUAUUGUUCAUGCAACAAUAAACUCAUCAUAUCUAUGGGAUCAUUGUCAGAUUAUGACUCUAACAAAAAACAUGAGACUCUUCCAAGAUGGAUUACAAAGGUCUACUGCUGAAGAAAUCGAACAAUUCUCAUCUUGGAUAAUUCAAAUUGAUGAUGGUACACUAAGUGAACCAAAUGAUGGUUUAGUUGAUAUAGAAAUUCCAUCUGACCUAUUAAUUCUAAACUAUAUUGAUCCUAUUGAAGCCAUAGUGUCUACCACAUAUCCAACCCUGAUGCAAAAAUACAAAGAUGAAACCUUCCUCAAAACCAGAGCAAUAUUGGCAAGUAGAAUUGAAACAGUUGAUGAAAUCAAUGACUAUGUCCUAUAA